UCUGGAGAUUCUGACGGCCUUGAUGAAUUGACCCUACGUCAUGCAAUCGUCGAUCGACGAGAGGCAAUGUUUUGUCAUGCAUGCAGUAAUGAGUGGUAUCGCGAUAAGUAUGGUUUAGACUGCCUAGAAUGUGGGUUAAAUUAGACCUAGAUUAUUGGAGCUUCUGGUUACAAAAUCACUACGCUGACGAUCCAAUCACAGGGUUAGGGAUGCCCCGAUUGCUGCAAGGUGGCCUCCUGCUUAAUCUGAGCUCGAACACGAUGCCGCUCCUCUGGACUCAGGGUGGCCAACGCGGUCCAUCUGAAGGCACGUUAGGACUCCCCACCUCUUGGGAUGUCAGUGGGCAAACCAAUUUCCGUAAGUGCAUCGCGUACUCUGGAACUGACUGGGUGGCAAUCGCUUCGUAUAUGGCCACCAAAACCCAAACGAUGGUAGAGAAUCAGUAUCUCCGGCUUGUUAAUUGCGGUGACGAAGACCUUGGACGAGCGCCGAUGGAAGGUGUUGAGAGACGUAGGAAGGGUGUUGACUUAGGCGUGGCUCCCGAGCUUAUGGCUCGACCGAAAGGACGGGAAUGCAUGAAGCCCACUAUCGUACAUGAUAUUCCGAGACGACAUAGCAUAGCGUCGCGACUGGAAGCCGUGGAGUUGAUAGCAACAUGGCGAAACAACAUCCUUAGUUCACACCUAGUACUCCUUCUCAGAAUUGGAGAUGCUCUGCUCGCCACAGGGUAGACCUCUCUGACGCAAGGCCAGACCCCAGCAAGACGUGACUUCUAAAGAGCCCACUAGUAAAAGAAUUAGCGCAUCAAAUGGAUCUAGCCACAUUUCAGAGCCGUGACGGAACAAGUCCUAUCUAUCUCGGAAGCUUUCCUGCCUCUCACAAUCGAUGUUUGGGAUGUGCAUUGAGAGCCUAACGUCACCCACUGUUGGUAGAAAAGCACUGUUUGUCGAGAAACAAGCGAGGUACCUAUCUUCAAGCACUUCAAUCUCCGUCUACACGUCUUGAUAAUGCG